AUGGGUUUGUGUCUUACCCUUACUUACGUUGCUCAUGGCAGGCACCUUUGCCCUAUCGCUGGGCACUACCAUUCCAAGGCCGAGUUCCACGAAGGGACCAAGGCUCUCAGCUCAACUUGGGCGAGUCCCUUGAAGCUGGAAGUUCAAAACAUCAUCUGCGAUGGUCGCCAAGCCGCUGUUGAGCUGAAGGCUGUGGACACGAAGUGUAAGAAUGGCCUGCCGUUCACCAAUGUGUAUACCUGGAUAUGCGUGUUCAACGAACAGAACAAGAUUGUCAAGAUCCGCGCUUAUAUGGAUACGUAA